GGCACUGUCCACUUUGGAAACUUCAUAUUUUCAUAGUUUACUCAGAAUUUCAAGGAGAUAGAGGAUCUUACUGAUACUUUAUUCACUUACAAAAUAAUAUCUGUUCUCUUUGAACUUUGAGUCAUUGUUGAAAGGACAGUUUGAUUUUCAAUAUCAUAAGGCUGGUGCCUCGCGAAAUCCCCUGAAGAUCAACCACUCCGCAGCAGCUAAGGCUACGACUACCACUACCGACACUAUUUUGCCUCGUGUACAUAAGAACUUAAAACGAGUUUCAUCUCCACGCCGUCUUUGAAUCUUACAAAGCAAUUCUUAUUAUCGAGUCCCCAAAACCAUUCAGACUUCUUUACACACGAAUUUGCCAACGAAAUUAUGAAUCUCCGCAACAACCUAUUUGGCUCGGGCCCAAGAACGACAAGAGAACAGCCGCCAGCAGGUUAUGGCAGAGCUCCAGCACCUUCCCGGGAAGACACUGCUAUGGGUGGUUACGAUGGAAACGGCUAUGCGGGACGUCCAGAAAAGUCUCCUAUGACCUCUCCAAGACAAGCUAUGCCGAUGAGACAACCUGUUGGUGGCAGAGGCCCAAUGUCUCCCCGAAGAGCACAACUCAAUAUCGCCAAAGUCGAAGAUAAAACAAAGGCGAAUCAAUAUAUUUUUGGCAAUUUGUCCGCUGUAUCUCCUAUGGACUUUCCACCCAACCAGGACGGAUCAGAUAUAUAUCUCAUAUUGAAUGGCAUGUUUGUUGUUACUGCAAGGCCAUUGGAUGGCUUCCCUCCAGGAUGCAUAAGUUUAUCGGAUCCACAACGAACAUGGUGUAAUGUCGGAAUGCUAGAUCGAAUAAAUGCUGAAACAUACGAUCCUUUUUACCAAGGCCCACAAGCUUACCUUGGAGCUCUAGACGUCGAGGUCGGAUUUGCCUCCGCGAAGAAGUUUACAGACGUACCUUACGACCAAGAUGAGUUGGCUAGUGUGUUCAUCAAGUGGUUCGAGAACCAAGUCUUUGCUCCUGGUCAAAGGUUGUUAAUGGAUCACAAAAAUGUCCCUUUGUCAUUUCUUGUUAAAACUGUCCAACUGUCUGAUUUGAGCAUGGAGAAAAAUGCCGAACCGUCUCCAACUGUCAGCGCUCCACAAGCUCGGGGUAUUCUAGUUAGAACGACUCCUAUCACAUUCUAUAAGGAUUCAAAAUCGCCCAUUAAGUUGAAGGGAUCGAGUAAGCGGCCGGCCGCUAAUUCUAUCAUUGCGCCGGACUUUAAAUUCGAAAAUAUGGGUAUUGGAGGUCUAGAUACAGAGUUCAGUGCUAUUUUCCGAAGAGCUUUCGCUUCUCGUAUUUUCCCCCCUGGUUUAAUCGAGAAAUUGGGCAUCCAGCACGUGAAAGGUAUUCUUCUGUUUGGCCCUCCUGGUACCGGAAAGACGCUCAUUGCCCGUCAAAUUGGAAAAAUGUUGAAUUCAAGAGAGCCGAAGGUCAUAAACGGUCCUGAAGUGCUUAAUAAAUACGUUGGUCAAUCCGAAGAAAAUAUCCGAAAGCUUUUUGCCGAUGCCGAAAAGGAGUACAAGGAAAAGGGAGACGAGAGUGGUCUUCAUAUCAUCAUUUUCGACGAAUUGGAUGCCGUUUGCAAACAAAGAGGAAGUGGAUCAGGUGGCGGAACUGGUGUUGGCGACAGUGUGGUCAAUCAACUGUUGUCUAAGCUUGAUGGUGUUGACCAGCUCAAUAACAUUCUACUUAUUGGAAUGACCAAUCGUAUGGAUAUGAUUGAUGACGCGCUUCUCAGACCCGGACGUUUAGAAGUUCACAUGGAAAUUUCCCUGCCAGAUGAAGCUGGCAGAGCACAAAUUCUUAAGAUUCAUACGUCCAAGAUGUUAAAGAAUGAUGUCAUGGAUACAGAUGUCGAUGUUGCUGAACUUGCUCAUCUAACCAAGAACUUCUCGGGAGCUGAAAUUGGUGGUCUCGUCAAGUCAGCUUCAUCAUUUGCUUUCAAUCGACACGUCAAAGUUGGCACUGUAGCAGGUGUUAGCGAUGAUAUCGAAAACAUGAAGGUCAACAGAGGUGAUUUUAUGCAUGCUCUUGACGAAGUCAAACCCGCGUUCGGUGUGUCUGAAGAAGAGCUCGAAGGCGCCAUGGCAGCAGGUAUCCUGCCUUUCAGCAGGCACAUUGAUACCAUUCUCAAAGAUGGCCGUCUAUUCAUAGAUCUCGUAAAACAGUCACAAACGACGUCUCUUCUCUCAGUACUUCUUCAUGGACCCCCUGGUUCUGGAAAGACUGCCCUCGCAGCAGCCAUUGCCAAGAGUUCAGAAUUUCCCUUCAUCAAGCUUGUUUCCGCCGAGAAUAUGGUUGGAUUUGGUGAUGCACAAAAAAUCCAAUAUCUCAACAAAGUCUUUAUGGAUGCAUACAAAUCUCCUCAGAAUAUUGUUGUUAUAGACAAUAUUGAGCGUAUUAUCGAAUGGGUUCCUAUUGGUCCCCGAUUCUCAAAUGCAGUACUACAGGCCCUCAUGGUUCUGCUCACCAAACAACCACCAAAUCAACGUCGUCUCUUGAUUAUAGGUACUACAUCUCAACGAAGCGUCCUCAAACAACUAGACCUCCAACCCAUCUUCAACCGUGAACUUGCUGUCCCUAACGUGAAUACUUUCAGCGAACUAGCAACUAUCUUACGAGAAGUCCAAGCGUUUGACAAUGAAGGCGAUUUGCAAGAGUCGUUGAAUCAGCUAAAACAAUACACGGAAAGCGAUAGUGUAGGCGUGGGUAUCAAGAAGGUGCUUUUGGCGGUUGGGGAGGCGAAGCAGGAGAGAGGUAGUGUACCAGCCAGGUUUGCGGAUAUUAUGGAACAGUUGAUUGCUAGUGGGCGGGAUUAGAUGGACUGAGGUGGGAUGUAAUGAACAGGUUAAGAGAGCAACAGAGGAGGAAAAUCGGUUCGCAUCGGAGAAGGAUAUGGUCAAGGAUAUGAUAGAUAGGGUUAUGAUAGAUGAAGAAAUGAAGAGAGGAUACGGACAAAUAAAGAUCUAAUUAAACCACUUAUUUUCCCACUACAAUAAAUGGAAUAAUACAUCCGCGGCAAAGAUAAUGAAACCCCCA